AUGAUACGCUUUAAAAAUGGGAUCAGCAAGUUCUGGCGCACACGCGUCGUUAACCGAAAAUCCGUUGUCAUUGAUAACGAACGGAAGGACCGGAUCCGCAAGCGCCUUCUUGACGUACUUCACGAGCCAGAUCGCUCAGUUGCUGUCCAGGGCGCCGUAGCCAUUGCACGCAUCGCACGCACAGACUGCCCGAAUGAUUGGCCAUCGCUCAUGCCCACGCUGCAGGCAACCAUCCAGUCCGCAGCGACGACCAUCCACGAGGCUGCUCUGCGUGGCACACUUGCUGAAACAGCGCGUGAAACCAUGAUUCUUCUGCAUGCGACAGAUACGCUACGGCAAUGUUUGAAAGAGUUCGAGAGGGUGCGCGUGCUUGCGGGCAAAAUGCGAAUGACUGAACUGGCUAGCGUGCUGAUGCCGACUCUCCAGCCAGUGCUGGAGCAAUUCUUCGCAGAUACCAUGGUGGCAUCGACGGUGCCAGAUAUAACUGCUUGGGCGCACACGCCUGGUGCAGCAGAGCGUGUGAGAGCGAGCCAUCUGCUUCUCAAAGUGCUGCAUCGGCUCGCCAUGUGUGACACAGGCAUCCUGGCAUCGCGUGUGUCUGAGGUGACACGACCGAACUUGGCCUACACAUUCUUCUCUUGCACACCGCGGCAGGUAUCUUGCCUUGCAGAGCGACGCGCAGCUAUGCUUGGUGUUGUGCAUGAUGUGCCUCUACUGUCGCAUGCGCUAACGAAACACAUGAUGGCGUACGCGAAGCUGCACCUAGCACUCGUCGCCAGGCUUCACAGCCAUGUGUCUUCGUGGCCCGUGUGGUCGGAGGUCAUGAUGUGGUACUGGGGCGUCCUGUCAGAUGCCGCACAAAAUGGCGGGGCAAGAGCUGCAUUGAGCCGUGACGAUGACGACGAACUUGCUGUGUACCCAUAUCGGUGGCUCGUGCUCACACUGUCCCUAUUGCAAACGACGCUAGGACAUUGGAAACGCGAGCGGCCUGCUGGGACCAUGUUCGUGGGUGACUCGGGCGCGCAGUUUGAAUUACAGCUGGCGGACGUGCUCAUAAAGACGUACUUGCGCAUGACACCAGCCGAUCUCGAGCGCUGGCAGGCCUCUCCCGAGCUUUUUGCUGUGGAAGAGGAUCAAGCUGACUCGGAGCUCGACAUCCGGCCAGCAGCCGAAUGUCUGCUUGCGGCACUUGCUCGCUGGUCCUACCGAUCAGGCAAGUCGGCCGCGUCGAGUUUGCCAACUGUGGCGGAAUAUGUCUGGGCGCAAUUUGAAGCAUCGGCCUCGUGGCCGUCAACGCUCGACGGCAUCAUUGCACGCGAUGCUGUCUACACAGCCGUAGCGCGCUGCCGGGACCAGCUGGAUCCCUCCAUGCUCGAGGCAGCCGACGAGGACGCACAACAAAAUACCUGCAUGACAGUAGCGAUUCAUGAGCGUUUGAUUCCAGAAGCGGCCACACGUGAUGCUGGGCCUGCGUGGCUCAUUCUCCGACGGCGCAUUGCCUGGAUGCUAUGGGAAUGGAGCGAAUACGUUACGAAGCCUGUGCGGUCUGGAGCAUACGCGUUGCUCGUACAGUUGCUCCAGCAGGCGCCAGGGUAUUCCGAUGCGGCAGUGCAUCUAGCGGCAGCACGCACGGUCGCUGCACUGGCUGACACGCUGGAUUUCGAUGAGAUGGAGUUCCUGCCGUUUCUGCAGGAUGCCCUCGCAGCGCUUGUAUAUGCGUUGUCGCAUGAACUUGAGGAAAUCGACUCGAUCCGCACGAUGGCCAAUGCACUCACUGUGGUCAUUGAGCGCAUGGGCCUUCAUAUCCAGCCAUAUGCAGCGAUGCUCGCCGAAUUGGUCACGACUCUCUGGGCGCGAGACGACCCGGAGGCGCGAGCUAAGCCGAGUCUGCUCGAGUUCCUAAGCAAGCUUGUCGACACAUGUGCGCCUGGUAUGGACGGAGACCUGCUUGUGCGGAUGCAUGCACUUAUUGCGCAUGUCGUGCAAGCGAGUUUGGCGCCUGCGUACGCGCCAUUGCUGGGCCAGGAUGCCUUGCUUCUUUGGGCACACACGAUGCAGGCGACACCGCGAAUGACGCCUGCUUUGAUGAAGCUGCUGUGCAUGGCACCGGAGCUUGUCGCACAGCCCGACUUUGGCUCGCUCAUGUGCCGAACUUGGGAAGACUACGUGCUCCUCGUACCCAACGAGAUACUGCACCACUUUGGUCUUGCUUUCUACGGUGCAUUGGCACCGAUUGUAGCUGAUCCGACCAGCUCCAUCAUCCUUGCUCCAUUGUGUGCCGUGCGGACUCACAUACGUACGCUGGAUGCCGCUGGCCUGUGUACGCUGGCCGAACAGCUACAUGUGACGGGCCUCGGCAGAGCUAUCAUCGAUACUCUCUACCGCGAUGAGACGUCCGCGGUGGUCCAGGCUUGUAUCUUGCUCAUUUCGCAGUUGGCUAUCAAGAUGCCAGCGCCUCACUUCCACGAGCUGGUCCGUGCAUGUGCACCGAAGGAGCCACCUGUUUGGCCGACGGUCUGCACGUGUAUGAUCAAAAAAGGCCAGGAUAUGGCGCUUACGAGGUAUCGAAAACUCGUGGCAUUGGGUCUCGCCAGCAUGCUAAAGGGCAGCAGCAGCAGCAGCAUCAGCGCUGAUGGGAGUAUGGCGCCCCACCCAGAUGCCUCCUUGCUCACAUGUAUCCCACGCAUCAUUGGCUUGUGGACUGAAGUGCUGGGAGAGGUCGUCGAAGACGAUAGCGGCAACUCGACUGUGUACAAACGUGAGCCUUCUCCUGACCGGCCUCUUGAUGCGAUGCAAGACGACUUUAUCCACAUGGAUCAAUGCGUGGGAGAAGCCACGUGGCAAGAGUCCAUGUCCCCUGGUGCAGAACGGCUGGAGGCCUUCCGUACCCAGGACCCUGCGUUCACUGUACCGAUCCGAGCAUUCUUGGCCGACACUCUGAACAAGGUGCUGCAAGCGAAUCCAGCGAAUACGCCUCAGGGGCUCGAACUCCAUCAGCAACUACAGCAGAUGGAUCCACUCGUGCUUGAUAUGCUGCAGCGAGACCUGAAUCAGCCGGCAGCAAAUACACAGAACCCAGCCUAG